AUGUGGCCCUUCGACGCUGUCGACUGGUUUAUGCUGCUGAUCCCCGUUGCCUACCUCUUCAUCCUCCUCGGCUCCCUCGCAGUCUUCUCGUCGCUCUACCGCAAGCGCAAAGCCGCCGCCGCCUCCUCUCUCGAGCCCUGGUUCCCGCAACAUCUCCAGCGCAACAUCUACCUGUCGCUCCUCCACCAAGAAGACCCCAAAGUACCAGACAGCAUCCUCAAGGCUGCGCUCCUGCGCCGCGCAACAGAGGACAUCCACCGCAUCGUGCAAAUCCGGAACGCAAAGCAAGCACUCCAGGUUCUGCUGCAGCGGGGCAGCGUUGGCGAUGAUCUGUGGAAGCGAUUCGAGCGCGCGGAGAAGGAGAUUGAGGAGGAGCUGAGAGACGUUGUACAAGAGGCCAAUGCAUUCGCUCCCAACUGGGGCCAGUCCAUCUUCCAGUCCGCCUCGGAAAUGGCCCAAAACAACCACAUCCGCGAGCGCCUCGACGAGAUCCUCGCCAAAGCACCCGAGGAGUCGCAGUGGUGGAACAGCCGCAGGGCCGCUAUCCAGGGCGACUUCAUGAAGGAGCUAGACGAGGAGAAGAUGCGGAGUCGCGAGGGCAGUGUUACGGGGGCGGGCAGCGUAGUGGGCACCCCGGCGGCUAGCGUGGCAGGGAGCGUGAUGGGCGACGACGCCUUCAUGGUGGAGAGCCCGAGUGGGAAGAAGAAGAAGAAGAGCAAGGCGAAGAAGUGA